AUCAUCAUAGAGCUGAUGGAUUUAAACCUUGGAACUCCUCUCUUCAUGAAUCGUUGUUGUUUGUUAGGUUGUAAUGAAUUUUUAGGCCCCAGCUUUCCUGAGCUAAAGCAUUAUUCUUUCACCUCUCCUGUCUCUGGGUUGCAGUGCCAGACUGUCUCCAAGCCCAGCAAACGUGUUCCUUCCAGGCAAAAACAGAAGAUGACACGCACCAUGAGCCAGAUUUUCCAUGACAGACUUGUAAGGAACAAGAUAAUCUCAUUGUUCCUCCUGCUACUUAAAAUAAAGAAACUGAGGCUCCUUGAAGAGCUUGAAGACACUUGGCUUCCCUAUCUGACCCCCAAAGAUGAUGAAUUCUAUCAGCAGUGGCAGCUGAAAUAUCCUAAACUAAUUCUCCGAGAAGCCGGCAGCGUCCCCGAGGAGCUCCAUAAAGAGGUUCAGGAAGCCUUUCUGGCACUGCACAAGCAUGGCUGCUUAUUUCGGGACCUGGUUAGGAUCCAAGGCAAAGAUCUGCUCACUCCAGUGUCUCGCAUCCUCAUUGGUAACCCAGGCUGCACCUACAAGUACCUGAACACCAGGCUCUUUACGGCACCCUGGCCAGUGAAGGGUUCCAAUGCGAAAUACAGCGAGGCUGAAAUAGCUGCUGCCUGUCAGACCUUCCUCAAGCUCAAUGACUACCUGCAGAUAGAGACCAUCCAGGCUUUGGAGGAGCUGGCUUCCAAAGAAAAAGCUAAUAUCGAUGCUGUGCCAGUGUGUAUAGGCCCAGAUUUCCCCAGGGUUGGUAUGGGGUCGUCCUUUGAUGGACAAGAUGAAAUGGACAUGAAGAACAGAGCAGCAUACAACGUAACUUUGUUGAAUUUCAUGGAUCCCCAGAAAAUGCCGUACCUGAAAGAGGAACCGUACUUUGGCAUGGGGAAAAUGGCGGUGAGCUGGCAUCAUGAUGAAAAUCUGGUGGAGAGGUCAGCGGUGGCGGUGUACAGUUAUAGCUGUGAAGGCCCUGAAGAGGAAAGUGAGGAGGAUCCUCAACUCGAAGGCAGAGAUCCUGAUGUUUGGCAUGUUGGUUUUAAGAUCUCGUGGGACAUAGAGACACCUGGUUUGGCAAUACCCCUUCACCAAGGAGACUGCUAUUUUAUGCUUGAUGAUCUCAAUGCCACCCACCAGCACUGUGUUUUGGCUGGUUUACCACCUCGGUUUAGUUCCACCCACCGAGUGGCGGAGUGCUCGACGGGGACCUUGGAUUAUAUCUCACAGCGCUGCCAGUUGGCUCUGCAGAAUGUCCAUGGUGAGGCAGACAACGGCGAUGUCUCUUUGAAAUCCUUGGAGCCUGCAGUUUUGAAACAAGGAGAAGAAAUCCACAAUGAGGUCGAGUUUGAGUGGCUGAGACAGUUUUGGUUUCAAGGCAAUCGAUACAAGAAGUGCACUGAUUGGUGGUGUCAACCGAUGGCUCGACUGGAAGAGGCGUGGAAGAAGAUGGAAGGCGUGACAAACGCUGUGCUUCGUGAAGUUAGAAGAGAGGGGGUCCCCGUGGAACAAAGGAACACAAUCUUGACCGCCAUCCUUGCGUCACUCACUACACGCCAGAGCCUGAGGAGGGAAUGGCGUGCCAGGUGCCAGUGCCGAAUUGCCCGAACUUUACCCGUGGAUCAGAAGCCCGAGUGUCGGCCAUACUGGGAGAAGGAUGAUGCUUCGAUGCCUCUGCCAUUCGACCUCACAGACGUGGUUUCAGAACUCAGAGGUCUGCUUCUGGAAGCAAAACCCUAGAAGGAGCACAAGUCUUAGGUGGAGGAGGAAAAGAUAUUUUUGGCUUCUCAUCUCCGACCUUGGCAUGGGCCCAGGCAAGGGCAAUAUGGGUAGACUUGGCCUUUAGACUUGCAGAACCUGGUCCCCUUUGGAAACAGCUAGGGCAUGGAGCCCACGAAUAUUCAAGUGUUUAAAAGUGACACAGUGUUAUAAUCUGAUUUGGUAUUAAACAAGAACCUCCCCCUAAGAACUAUUCCCCACUUGGAUUUUUAAUGUGAGCCAUUCAGCUCCCAAGGCCAGGGGAGGUGACAGGGGCAGCCUGUGGCAGAGCCCAGCCUCCCUUCCUCCACCCCAAGCCAUUCAGAGACUCUAGAGUGGAUGACUGUGAAGUCAUCGGGGGAAGACAGAUUGAGAGACGUUCAUCUCGUUUUAUCACCACGCCCUUUAGAGACUGUGCUGUCCAAUAUGGUAGCCAAUAGCUAGAUGUGGCAUCUUAAAUUUAAAUUCAGUUUUAAUUGUAAUUAAAAAUUCAGUUCCUCAGUUGCAGCAGCCACAUUUCAAGUGCUUAAUGGCCGUGUGUGGCCAGUGACUACCAGACUGGACAGCGCAGAUACAGAACAUUGUCAUCGCUGCAGGAAGUCCUAUUGGACAACACUUCUAUAACAAGUUUGAGAGCAGGAGAUUCUCUUUUCCAGUUCUCUGUAGCCGCUAUCCCCAUAGGCGACAUAAAUUAAAAGAGAAAUGGCUCAUUGGAGAGCAGCCUCUUCCCCUUCACUGAGACAGACCUAAGCAAAACCUGAGUUAUGAGUCCUGUGCUCUGCACACAGGAAAGGAGAGGCGUUGAAAAUGAAAAUCAAGUUGACGUCCUGUCCUUAGGACGUUUCCCUGAUCUAAGGAAAGAGACACACUGCUUCCUGGAUUUAGCCAGCAUACAACCUCUUUUUCUGUAAUUCCCCCAUUCGCACGUAAUGACAGGUUGGACUAAAGAAUCCCAGUGCCCCAGCCUGAUGAUGUUGGAGCAGCAGAGAGAUGAUACAGCAUAGAGGUUAGACCUUGGGCUCUGGUCUGAGAGUGCCCGGAUCGAAACUCUCACUAGCUUUGUGACCUUUGACGUGUUACUGUGCCUCAGUUUCCCCUUCUGUGUAAUGGGGAUACUAAAGGCACCAACUCACACGGUGAGGAUUAGAUGAAAUAAUCUAGCUACAGACUUAGAAUAUGUUCUGACACGUAGUUAAACACCCAGGAAAUAUUCGUAGUAUUAUGUAUCAGUAAGCUGAGCUGACGUAGACGUUAUUCCUCCCGUCCUCCAUCCCCAUGCCAUGCCGUCUUGUGAUGCCAUUAACCCGUCUCUCCCCUUUGGGCCCGGCUCCUGCUUUGGUGACCCCAGGAAUCGUGAGCAUAGCUACCCCCUCCCCACCUGCUGCCGUCUCAUGUCGUAGUGUGCAGUAGUGUGGAAGCUGAAGGGCUCUCGUGCCCAUUGAGAGGCGUGCCGAGAACCAAACUCCCACCGUCAGAAUCGCCCCGGGCCGGGCUCAUUCACACAGCCGGCCACCACAGAAGGCCCCGUUGCGCACAGUAGCCGGGGUCUCGUCAUCUGGAGACUCGAGUCCCUUAGACGUUGGGUGAAUUCCCUGCUGUCCUUGCGCCCCGACUUGUCAGUAAAGGAGAUGACGCACUGCCCCCCGGGGCUGUCGUCGAGAGGACACAAAGUCACGUAGGGGAGGAGCCAGCGGCACAUGGAAGUCAGAGACCGGCGCCCUCGAGGCCGUCUCGCCUGGCGUUUCAUUUAUCCCUCUCCAUGUUCGUUCUCUGUUAUAUUUCGUUAGAUGCCAAUAUAUAAAAAUUGGGAGAUUUCACAUAAAAUAAACACAUGUGCAUUCCCUUUAGAAUUCAGAGGACUUGGCAGCCCGAGGCCUCCCUCCUGGCCUGGCAGCGAGCUCUUAGGGAGGCGUGAACCCCCCUGGCCCUAUUAGCAUUUGUUGUAAACCUGACCUGCUCCGCCCCUUCGUGUCAGCACUCCCCUCCUGCUUGCUUGCACCCCUGUAGUGGAAGUAAAUGAUGAGGUUUAGUGCUUUCCUCAGUGUGUGUGUAUUCCUAGUGAGCUGCAUCCGUGCACCACUUGUACUGAUACGUCGUGUACGUCAUUAAACAGUGGUAGACAAUAAAAAUAUGAAAAGGAUGACA